AUGCCAGUUGCCAACAUGGGCCAGUUCAACGACAAUCUCCAAAGCGACGUGUUUUACUGCAGGGACGUCCUUGGAGUCAACUAUGCAGUGGUUGGUAUCAUUGAUCAAUCAACACUGCUGCACCAAGCCACCAGGAUGCCAGACACCCUCUCCGAGACCAUGCUUGACAUUUUCAGGAAGACUUGGUUUAAGCCCUACGGCUUUCCAAUGACCAUCAGAGUUGACCCUGGAGCUUCAUAUGCCAAGCAUUUCAGAGACUACGUUGAGCGCCGAGGCAUCCUCUUGGAAGUGGUUCCUGCAGAAGCACAUUGGAGAAUUGGCCUUAUUGAAAUGCGCAAUGCAGUGUUGCGUGACAUUCUAGAGCGCAUCAUUGACUCUGAGGCCGUUAUGACCUCUGAUGAUUUUGAUGCGGCCCUUGAAGCAGCAGUCCAUGCCCUCAACUCCAUGACAUAUUCUCACGGAAGACCACAAUACAUGGCAGUUUUUGGACAGAUUCCACGAGUUGGUGGGGGCCUACAUGGGGCCGUGAGAGCUGACAUUCUCAGAGCUGAAGCCAUGAAGGCCCUUGCUGAGAUCAACACAAGCCAGUCAUUACGACGGGCACUACUUCGCAAGACAGCCACUCCACACCACAAUCAACUACUGCCAGGACAGAACUGUGCAUACUGGAGAUGGCAGAACCCUCGCGGAAGAUCCACGAAGAAGAGAGGAGCAUGGGUCGUGGCAAGGUUUUUAUCCUAUGAUCCCGAUGGACGGUCAGCUUGGUUGCACUCUGGCACCACGACUUUGCAGGUGUCAUUGGAACAGCUCAGAGGACAAGCAGAAGGAACCAGCGGCAAGACACUUGAACGAGAGAUACCUUGGCGCAACAUCAUCAAGCUUCCACGCGAGCAGAUCGACGCGUACAUUGAAUCUGCCAAGAAGGAAGAGAAAAGCUGGCUCAGUUGGGGCUCCAUGGAAGAAGUCUCAGCCGAGACAGCAGCCAAGAUCCUAUCAAAUCCUCCAACCAAAAAGAGAGUCCUUCGGAGCAGAGCAUGCUAUAGGAACAAGAGCAAAAUUCCAGGCAGACUUCAGGCAAAGACUAGAGUGGUCGCCCUUGGCCACCUGGAUCUAGACCUAGCAAGCCUCAGCCGAGACUCUCCGACACCAUCAAGAACUUCAGAGUACAUCUUGUUGGCGAUCUUCAUAGCUGGCAAGAAUGGCAUCAUGGAAAAUGACCCAGUUCGCUGGAUACUUUGGGCCGGAGACGUAAGCACAGCCUUCUUGCAGGGCGCUCAAGACAAAUCAGAACGACCUGAAGAUUUGUUUCUGCUACCACCGCAGGACGAAGUCACCAAGAUGGCAAAGACGUUCCGCACUCCACUAUACCGUGUGAAAGGCAACAUCUAUGGCCUGUGUUGA